AUGCCAACAAAAAAAUCAUUAAAAAAUCGUCGUCGUUUUGAACAUAAAAAUGAAAAAGAAUUAACAUAUGAAGAAUUAUUUCCACCUUAUGAACCACUUUACAAAUAUUGCAUUUAUUUUAUCAACGAAGUCACAUCGGAAGAAGAAAUUAAUUAUUUGAUUACUAUUGCUCAAACUACAACACAUUUUGUCAUUGAUACAGAAUGUAAUUGCACAUCAAAAACACCAGCUCUUAUACAAAUUUAUUUUGUUACAUCACUUAAUAUAGCAUCUCCAUUGCUAUUAGUCGAAAUUGAUUUUCUUCCUCAUUAUUCAUCAUCAUUAUUUUUAAAAUUUAAAGAAUUAUUUGAUUAUAUAUUUAGUCUUCGAUCAAUUUUAUAUUCGUGGGGAUUUAUAUCUGAUGAAUUAAAUCGUUUUUUACCAUGCAAACUUUUUUCAUUACCUAUACGAACAACGAAUUACAAUACUCAAGGUCACUUCAAAUCUUGGUUUAAUCAAUGGAUUAAAAAAUAUUAUUCAUCGUCACCUGACAAUAUCAACGAAGAUGUUAAUGAUAUAGUGAUCAUUAAUGCACCUGCAUAUGAUCCUACGUUAAUCUUACCGACACAAUUGAUGAACGACAAAAAGUUUUCUUCCGGUGAAACGUGGAGUUUACAAGAUGCAGUAGUUUACACGUUUGGACAAUAUUUAUCUAAACGUGAAACUUUACGACGAUGA